CAUAUCCACCGCAUCCGAUCAAAUCCUCAAAAUCAAUGGAGCAAUCGAGGGACUUGCAAAUCCAAAAAAAGAAAGUCCCUCAUUUAGUUAUUUUGCCAAUCCCAUUUCAAGGCCAUGUCAAUCCCAUGCUUCAACUGGCCAAUCUCCUACACUCUAAAGGAUUCUCUAUCACAGUAAUUCACACAAACUUCAACUUUCCCAAUCCAUCCGACUUUCCCAACCUCCGCUUCGAGCUUAUACCUGAUGGCUUAUCAGAUGAUAAUAAGAAAUGGACCGAGGACCCUAUAUCUGCUGUGCACGUCCUCAACGACUCAUGCCAAGAAUCAUUCCAUGAUUGCUUGUCCCGAUUGAUAUCAGAUGGCCCACUUGGCCCGGUUACGUGCAUCAUCACUGAUGAGAUUUUUUACUGCACGAAAGACGUUGCAGAUCAAUUGAAGCUCCCGAGAAUUUUGUUAGGCACCAGCAGUGCCUCUUUAGUCGCCACCAUGACGUCUUUCAAACUUUUACAGCAAAAUGGACUCCUUUCCAUCUCAGAUGGCGAGCCAAACACACUUAUUCCUGAAAUUCCACCCCUCAGGGUGAAGGACAUUCCAGACAUUGGCACGGCAGAUCCUGAAAUCUUUGAGCGUUUGGGGGCCGAGACUCACAAUGCAAUGAGGUCUGCUUUGGGUUACAUCAUGAACACAUUUGAUGGUCUUGAAUCAACUGAGUUGGCAAAAAUUAGACAAGAUAUUCAUCCCAUGCCAUUGUUUGAAGUGGGCCCACUCUAUAAAUUCUCACCGGGAUCAUCAAACAGCAUACUAACACAAGACUACAGUUGCAUGGCAUGGCUAGACAAGCAGGCGCCAGAGACCGUGAUUUACAUCAGCUUCGGGAGCUCGGGUUCCUUUGAUAAAAAAGACAUGGUGGAGAUAGCCUGGGGGCUAGCUAAUAGUGACCAGCCCUUCUUGUGGGUUCUCCGUUCCGGCUCCAUCCGCGGCCAUGAUUCAAUCGAAUUGCCAAAGGGAUUCGAAGAGAAGAUGCAGGAGAGGGGCCGGAUAGUUAAUUGGGCCCCACAACAAGAAGUGCUGGCCCACCCAUCAGUGGGAGGUUUUUGGACACACAAUGGUUGGAAUUCUACGUUGGAGAGCAUAUGUGAAGGGGUUCCUAUGUUAUGUUCUCCUUAUCUAUGGGACCAAAAUUUGAAUGCGAGGUUUGUGAGCCAUGUUUGGAAGGUGGGAAUACAACUCGAGAAUGGGUUCAAUAGAAGUGAGAUAGAGUUGGCCAUAAGAAGAUUGAUGGUGGAGAUUGAAGGGAAGAAGAUAAGAGAGAGAGCACGUGAUCUAAAGGAAAAUGCAAUGCAUUGUAUAGAAAAGGGAGGUUCUUCAUGUGAGUCAUUAGAGACUUUGGUUGAUCUUAUCAUGUCAUUGUAAUGCCUCUUUUCUUAUCAUGUUUCAUUUGUAUUUUCAUUCUAUGGCAAGCUACAACAAGAUGUAUGUGAUCAAAUGGGCCUUUGUUUCAGUGUAACUAUAUUCCUUUGAUGUUAAACAUGGCACUGGUUGAAAUUUAGGCUGUAUGUGAACUUUCAAUACAACCAUUUCUUUCC